AUGGCUAAGGGCAAGAAGAAAGGUGGCAAGGCACCUAAGGCGUUACCAGAGUCCUCCGCCGUUGUUGAGGAUGACGUUAAGAAAGAAGCUGCUCCCACGGAGGAAGACAGGGCGAAAUCCCGCUCGGAGGUGACGGGCGAAGGAUCCAGCGAGGCAGCGGGCACCGGCAGAGAGGAGCAGAAAGCAGGGGAGGUCGCCACGGCAGGGCAGGGCGUGCUGGCGGAGUCUGCAGAGCAAGUUAAGCCGGCAGGGCAGGGCGAGCCGACGGAGCAGGGCGAGCAGAGCGAGGCCGAGUCUAUGCAGGCAUUACGGCAGGAACUCGAGGCAUUGAGACUGCAGCUACGGGGGACUGAGAGCGCCGAAGGCGAGCUGCGGCGGCUGCGGGAGGAGCGCGACCAGUUCGAGACACAGUAUAACACGCUGCUCAGCCGGCUCUCGUCGAUGAAGUCGCUCUUCAGCAAGAUGAAGGAGUCCCAGCUAGAGUUGGAGAACACACAGGAGCAGCUGUCGGAAUACGAGCGGCAGAACGCGACCCUGAAGACGCGGCUCGAGCAGCUGUCUCGGGAGAAGAAGGAGAGCGAGGAGACCGUGGUGGUGCUGAAUACAGAAAUGGCCAGCCUGAACGCCGAGUGCGAGACCCUGAGCGUCGAGUGCUCUGCGUACAAGGCUAAGCUGAGCCAGGCACAGGAGAGGAUAGAGAAAGAGGCGGCGGCCUACCAGCGGGAGCGCCAGGACCACGCAAAGCUACAGCGCAACCUGCAGUCCCGGAUAGAAGAGCUCACGUUGAUGAUGGACAACAAGAAGCAUGACCACGCGUCGCUGGAAGAGCAGACGAAGGCAUACCAGCAGCAGCUGGAGCAACUGCAGCAGGAGAAAGCCCAACAGGAGCAGCGCGGCGCCGAGCUCAACACGCAGCUCGAAUCACUGGUCUCGGAGAACGAGCGGGCGCUGCGUGCGAAGGACCAAGAGCUGCAGUCUCUGCGCGGCGCGCUGGAGCAGGCACAGGAUGUCUCCCGGACGCACGAGGCCAAGGUUGCAGAACUACGGUCGCAGAUAGAUGCGAUGAGCGCAGACGCCGCGCUGAAAGAUAAGCUCGAGCAGGAGUGCAAGGAGCGCGUGCUGCAGAUCGGCAAGCUCCGCCACGAAGCUGUGAUACUGAACGAGCACCUCACCAAGGCGCUCGCUAUGAUCAAGCACUCCAACAGCUCCGAGUCUGUCGAUAAGGAGCUUAUCUCGAACCUGUUCAUUUCCUUCGUGUCGAUACCACGUGGCGACCCGAAGAAGUUUGAGGUUCUAGAGCUCAUAUCCAGUUUCCUGAGCUGGGACGACGAGAAGAAAACCCAAGCAGGGUUGAUGCACAGCUCCUCAGACACCAUCCGCAAGACCAGACGGAACGACAGCUUCGUCUCGUUGUGGGCAGAGUUUCUCGAACGGGAGAGCGAGAAAUAG